AUGCUAAUUAAAAUUUUUUUAAUUUUUCUACUAAAUUUGUACAAAGUGUACGGCCAAAGUGAUCGAAUUGAAUUAAAUUUACCACAACUGCGAACAGAAAAUGAGCAAUUAUUUAAAGGGGACAAUAAAGAGUAUCGUGUGAGCCUCUCCAUACCCAACAGUCAACGCACCGAACUAAUCACCCUAGAUCCCUUGGGUGGCCAUCCUAUAGUAAAAGGCUCAAUUAAUACCUAUUACCCCGAUACAUCUACCAAUCUAAUAGUCAAUUAUGUGGCGGAUCAAAAUGGCUAUCGAGCUUCUUUCAAAAUAACACAAACUCUGCCUGCAAGUUCCAUUUCAUUUGACACUCGUUUAUCCAGCAGUGAUUUAAAAUCUUUAGCUGGUUAA